UUUUCUGUCUCUACAGAGGCAGAAACACAGCUCUUGAAAUUCUUUUUUCUCUUCAAUUUUAAGCAUUGCUGACAGAGUUAAGAUAGCAUUUCCUUCUAUCAUGGAUAACAAUGGAAUAACAUUAACAAGUGGGAGAUGUAAUAAAUUAGACAUCUCUUCUUUUUAGAGAGAAGAUGGGAACAUCAUUGAUUUUCUUUUCUCAAUUAAAUAUGUGUGAAUCAAAGGAAAAAACUUUUUUCAAGCUAAUACAUGGUUCAGCAAAAGAAGAAGCAAGCAAAGAGGCCAAAAUCAGAGCUAAGGAAAAAAGAAAUCGGCUAAGUCUUCUCCUGCAGAAAGCUGAGUUUCAUGACGAGUCGCACCCCAGCAGACCUGGGCACUUGGCCAAAGAAACAAGAGUUUGCCCUGAAGAAGCAGUAAGAUGGGGUGAAUCAUUUGAAAAACUGCUUUCCCAUAAAGAUGGGCUGGAGACUUUUACCAGGUUUCUUAAAACUGAAUUCAGUGAGGAAAACAUUGAAUUUUGGAAGGCCUGUGAAGACUUCAAGAAAAGCAAAGACCCUCAGCAAAUUCUCUUCAAAGCAAAAGCUAUAUAUGAGAAAUUUAUCCAGAUUGAUGCUCCACAAGAGGUUAACCUUGAUUUUCACACCAAAGAACUCAUUACUAAGAGCAUCACUCAACCCACCCUCCACAGCUUUGACGCAGCACAGAGCAGAGUAUACCAGCUUAUGGAACAAGACAGUUACAAACGGUUCCUGAAAUCUGACAUCUACACAGACUUGACAGAAGGGAGACCUCAGAGACCAACCAACCUUAGAAGGCGAUCCCGUUCAUUCACCUACAAUGAAUUCCAGGAUGUAAAGUCAGACGUCUCCAUUUGGCUAUAAGGCAAAUUAGGUUUGCUUGUUUGGGCAGCAAGCUUGUAUAUCUGCUUCUAAGAUAUAGCAUAUGUUAACAAAUGGGUACAUCAUUUAAAAUAAAAUGCGUCAUGUAAAAGGAUUUUAAGAAGAUAAAUCAAAACUUUUAUUCUAACAAUACAUACUGCACCUGCCAACGUGCUCUGUUAACACCUUUCAUUUCACUUCACUCCAUUCAUAAUCAGAAAAGCAGGUGUUAACAGACACUGAUAAAUGAACACAACGAAAAAAUGUUAUGAUACCUUAAAUUAUGAAGCUCAUUGAAAGAUCAAUAUAUAGACAAUUUUAUCCGUAUUAUUCUUGUCUAUCUGUUAUAAAAUAUAAUAAGUACAUUCUCUAAAAAAAAAAAUCACAUGAUCAUGAACAAAGAAAGAAC